CGAGUGAGACGGUAUUAGAUUUGCCGCUGGAGAGGGGUACGCGACGGUCGUGGCUCGGGUUUUGCCGCCGCAUUCUCGAGCGCUCGUCUCUUCGUACGGCAGCCAGACGGACGAAGUGUACGUUCACCGUGUCGCGUAUAUACGGUGCGCAUAAUCCGUUAAUUUCGCGUGUCUCGUGUGUCGCUGAAAGAGAACGAGAGAGAGAGAGGGAGAGAGAGAGAGAGAGAGAGAAACAAUACGUCAUCACGCCACACCGGCGAUCGCGGUGCGGUGUCCGUGCGCGCGCGGUGCCUCGCAUUUGUCGUUGCUUCUUUUGUCAGUUUGCAGUGCGUGCGCGAGAUAGUGCGAUAUACACAUACACACACCCACACCCAUAUACGAGUACACAUCGGAAGAUCGUGACGGCGACGUCUCUCGUUCGGGGCGUGCUGUAUUUUUCCCAGCCAGUGACGCAAACUUUCUCGUCGCCUUCCGAAGGCGACGGCGACGACGUCGACGACGACGCUACUUCUCUCUUUUUCGUGAGACCGUUCCACGAUUCGUUCGCGUAGUGACCGUAGCGGCGUAGUACGACGCGAAGUCGCGCAGAGUCGGGCGUCGUGCGGUCGUCCUCUCGCGGCUCAUGUGCCCGCGAGCCGAGACUGAGUGCGCGCGAGACGGUCGGAGGCAGUUGACGUUGUCGUCGUCGUUCGGCUCGUUGUCGUCGUUAUUUCGAGCGGUUUCUCGGACAAGCAGUGUCGCGGAGGUUCGCGCGCGCGCGCGCGGUCAGCAUCGAUCUUCGCUUCGUCGCGCGGAGUGAUCGCGCGAGGUGAACUGAACAGGGGAGAGAGAUAGAAAGAGAGAAAGAGAGAGAGAGAGAAAGAAAGAAAGAGAGAGAGUUACAGAGUGAGAAGGAAAGAGAGAGAGAGCGAGAGAGAGAGAGAGAGAGAGAGAGAGAGUAGUAAAGAGCGCGCGCGGUCCCUCGUCUCUCGUCGCGGCGGCUUUCAGUGCGCGCGUUCUGUGGCGUAGGAAUACGCGGCGCGAUAGGUCGCGCGUGAGCGCGAACGAGCGAGAUCAAGGUGCACGGCGGACGAGACGUUUACGAGCGACGACGACGCGACGGCGAACGGUGCGGUGCGCGAAGAUACAGAUACAUCGUUAUCCGCGAGGGAGAGAUAAGAGAGAGGAGCCUGGGGGAUCAGAGACGCACACACGCGCGCGCGCGCGCGCGCGGGAACAACGCGGUGGUGGAUGUGUGAGUGAUAAGUCGCGGCGCGGAGAACGGCAACCGUGAACGACGUCCGCUGGUACUACCGCUACCGCUAACUAUUACUAUACUACUCAAUCGCCAUCGCAGCAAGCACAGCGCGCUAUCAGCGCGCGCGGCGGCGGCAGCAACACAACUCCCCCGAGAUCGCGGCGCGUUGCUACCAACCGGCAAGAUGAUGGGCAAGCGAACGCAGUGCUACCUGUGCGACCUGCCCAGGAUGCCCUGGGCGAUGAUAAUGGACUUUUCAGAGCCGGUGUGCCGCGGCUGCGUGAAUUACGAAGGCGCUGAUCGCAUCGACCUCGUGCUCGAGUCCGCGAAGCAGCUGAAGAAAGCCCACGGCUUCCAGGACGCGCGGCCGUCCGCCUCCAAGACUUACCGCACCGCGGCCGCGCACAGCGAGCACAACGGCGGCGCGAAUCUCGACGUGCUGCCGAUCCAGAACACCGCCGCCGGCCAAGGCCACUCGCGGCACCACAACAUCGCGGCCGGCUACUCGCAGCUGCACCAUCGCAACUCCAUCACCGAGUUCAACUCGGGCACGGCGGCGGCGGCGGCGGCCGCCCGCCAGCAGCAGAUCAGUCGCCAGCACGAAGAGGGUCACGAGAUGGCGAACGGCAUGAGGAGCAACAAUGUGCGUUUGCCGAGCGCCCAUCUGGCCGCGGUGGCGCAUCACGUGAACCUUGGCCACAAUCGCGGCAUCACGCAGCUCAAGCGCGGCAUCUCGGCGAUCGACGAGGACGAGCACGGCGAGAAGAGGCUCUCCCUGGAGGAGCAGCACCCGGUGAGGCCGCCGUUGACGCGCGGUGACUCCUUGCCGGCGGUCAGCCUUGCGGUCAGCUAUGUGCAGGACAGGAACAAGGAGAAGCACCCGGUGCGCGCGCCCAGUUUCGAAACUGCGACCACCUUCAAGGCCAACGGUGCAUACGUCGGACCAUCUAUUCCGUUGGCACCGGCUAAUGUCGCGGCCAACGGUGGAGGAUCGCCUCUUCGUCCAAGAACGAGUCCUCCACCACCGCCGCCACCGGCACAGGAAAGCGCCAAUGACAAUUCACAGUCGAAUCAUCAUCAGGGUUCAGCAAACGGUCCGUCACCGAUGGCCGCUUUGAUGUCAGUCGCCGACAAUCUGACAUCCCCGGAGCCAGUGCCACAGCCGCCGAAUAAUCCCAGUCCUACUAGCAGAAGUCCGCCGACCACUGCUGCGAAUGCUCAACAACGCAGCGCCUCCAGAGGCUCCCAGCAUAGCCCGAACAGUUCAGGUUCAGGUAGGCGGUCCAGUAGUUCUAGACAGGUGUCAUCGACGACUGUGACGACGUCCUCUGAGGGCGCGGUUGCCCAAGCUGCUGGCGCCGAACCGGUCUCGGCACCUACCCUCAAGUGUACGCUAUGCCAAGAGCGCUUGGAAGACACGCAUUUCGUUCAGUGUCCCAGCGUGCCGCAUCACAAAUUCUGCUUCCCUUGCAGUCGGGAUAGCAUAAAGAGACAGGGAGCCGGCGCGGAGGUUUAUUGUCCGAGCGGUGAGAAGUGCCCGCUGGCUAAUAGUCAGGUGCCGUGGGCCUUCAUGCAGGGUGAGAUCGCCACCAUACUCGGCGAGGACACCACGGGCUCCGCGCUCAAGGUCAAGAAGGAGCGGGAAACUUAAGGGAGCCUCACGAUGUCGAUUCAGGGCUCAAAUUUUCUGACCUCCGUUUAAAGAGGGGGGCUGUUAAACUGGUGGAAACCGUGAAGGUUUUGCCGAAACGCUUUUGGUAACGGUGAUAAGAAAACAAAAAACGAAGAAACACCGUUGGUCACGCGUGAGGCCAACGGGAACGACUCGAGCCAAAGACGUUGUCUGGUGCGAUACGGAUUCUCACGAAGUUGUUGACGUCCAUAUAGGGGAGAAGGAGAGGAAAGGGUGAAACGGGGGGAAAGUGGACGAUUUUGUUUCGCGCGAUGCCGCAACGUAGACGCGCGAAGGGAGGAAGAGCGCGCCACGGCGGCGGCUCUGACGACGUGUUUCGAUAAAGGUCGAAUUAAAAAAACGUGUUGUUCGGUUUUGCUCGUUUUGCGACCGGUCCUGAGAAGAAGUCUUUGGCAAAUUGCACGCUGGCAGUCGGUUCUACACACAGUGUACAUACGGAUCUCUUGUAGAGCGGUUAACGCGCGACAGGGAGAAGGUUGAAAAGAAAAGAAAAUAUUAAUUAUAUCUCUCGCGACUUCUGGGAGCGCGAGAGAGACACGGAAGAAGAGACGCGCGUUGAAACCGCGACGGUGAUGACGAUUUGUGCCCGGUUUGGGUUUGUACUUAGGCUCGAUACGCCUUUCUUCAUUGUCUCUUGUAUCGCGGGCGUAAUCGCUCGCGUUCUCUCACACGCAUAUACUUGUACAUGUACAUUGGUACGGGACAUGUGCGUUUACACACACACACACACACACACACACGCGCAUACACAGACACAUCCACAUGUUUACACACACAACGAGAGUCGAAACGGAGAAGUAGAAACGUUGAGACGCGGUACCGCAUGUGCGGCCGCGAUUGUAUUUUUAUUUUUCGCGCGUACUCGGUCGCGAGUUUCGCGAUCGUGAUUUGAACGACUUACGCGAGAGACAGGCAUCGCCCACGGCGAUCGCUGUCAUCCCUUUUUACUGUUCUUUCGUUUGUAUACUCUUUCCACCUAUACCUACCUAUCUUUGCUCGUUGUAUUAUAUAUAAAUGUACGACGGACAUUCUCGAACCCAGCGCACAUGGGUUUUCUGUACAUUGUGUAUAUGUGUGUACAUACCACAUAUUAUUAAUGAGACGUAUGACUAAAAGAAUUUUUAACGAUUUUUAAG